UCGAUUGGCAGGCAAAAGAUGAAAAAAUACCAAACGCUCAAGGGCUUAAAAUACUCUGAGAAACUAUGUUCACUCUGCCAAUGUGUAAUAUAUUGAAAGAAUUUGAGCGCAAUGUUAACUUUUCAAAUUGAAUGCAAAUCGAUGAAGGAAGCGUAUAUAAUUAGAAGGAAUAUCUACGAAUGAACUAAAUAAUUUCAAUAAAUUGUCAUCUCAACUGAAUUUGACCAUGAAAGACUUUUGUCAUUUGCAAUACCGUUAUUUAAAAAAUUUGGAAAUCAUUUAUACGUAUAUUAUAAUAUCAACUACACUGAUUAUAAGUUGUAUCAGAAGAUUGAGAUAUCUUCUCUAGUUGAGAUAACUUCACAAAUUGAGCGGAAAUUGAAUUCCCUUCUUCCCAGCCAUGUCCGGGAGAGUUACGAUGCGGGAGGGGCAGCGGGUGCGCAGGGGUGACGUCAUCAUGAGGGGGAGGCCGUUCGUCCAUAUACUCUUCAGGGAGUUCAAAAAACAUUACUGCGACCAAUGCAUCAAGAAACGCGAGAGCGAGCCGUGCCCCGGCUGUGGUCAGGACUUCUACUGCAGCGACGCGUGCCGCCAGGAGGCGCUGCCCCUACACAGCCUCGAGUGCGCCAGACUCAAGGCCUACGCCCCGGAGUGUCUUUCAGACUUCGCUCGGUUCAUGGCGAGAACAAUCCUCAAGCUCAGGAAUGGUGGAGACAGAGAAUGGGUUGUUAUCGACAAUAAACUCAGUCGACAAUUCCGUCACAUGAUGACUCAUUCCGAUGCGAUGGCAAAGUGCGAGAAGCGUUCUCAAGACUUGGCAAACAAGAAGGGUGAGCUGCGGAGCUUCUUCGGCAAAGAUUACCCGCUCACCGACGAGUUCUUCCUGGACGUUUACUCGAAGAUAAAAGUGAACAACUUCGGCAUGAUGUCGGAAGAAUGCUUCUCGUUGGGCCAGGCCAUUUACAUCGACGCUGCGAUCUACAACCACUCCUGCCAACCCAACGCCGUGCUCUGCUUUGAUGGUACUGAGAUGACAGUGCGUGCUACCGUCGAUGUAACAAGGUACCAUCGAGAUCUGUUCCAGCACAGCUACAUCGAUCACCUGGCGCCCUGGGGGCAGCGACAGCGGCAGCUGCUGCUCGAGUAUUGCUUCGAGUGCCGCUGCCAGCGAUGCAGCGACGAGUACCUGACUGCUCUCGAGAACACGCUCAACUGCGGUAACCCGAAGUGCGAGUAUCCAGUGGAGGUGCCCGACGAGGAGGACAUGGCGGCCGACAUGGACGGCGGGCCGCUGAAGCUCCAGUGCCCUCGCUGCUCGUACUCCAGCUUCCCUGAGGACGUGGUGCAGCAAUACCGACGCCUCGUCACGGAGUACGAGCACGUCAUUGAGUACUACUACUAUCCCGACGACAAGUCGGACUUGGAGUACGUGGUUAACUACGCCCUGACUGAGGUGACGAGACGCCAGAGUAAGGAUGAGGGCGGCCACAUGAGGAUGUUGCUACAUCCCUUCAACAUCCACCGCAUCCGGCUCCUGGAGGCUGCUUAUGACUCAGCCAUCGAGCUCACGGAUGCCGUGGAUGCGCUCAAGUUUGCCGAGCUCAAUAUUGAGGGCAUCAAGCAUCGAGUUGGUGAGUUUGGACAGCUCUACGGGAACCGAUUACUGGAAAUGGGGAAGCUGUGCGUGCGCCUGGAGCGCUACAAGAAAGCGUUGCGUCAUUUCAGAGAGGCCGAGAGGAUCCUGGAAGUCUGUCUCGGUCCAGAAAACCGUCUGGUGCAGGAGGAGCUACGACCUCUCAUGGAGGCCACAUCGCAGGUCCUGGGACUGAUCAGGUCUUCGUCUUUGAGGCUGCGCGACUUCCAGAAACUCGACAAAGCAUGGAAACAGCGCCACAAGAAAAAAAUUCAGUGGAUAUAUUAUGCGUAUGGUCUCCUCAUUGUGACAAUGGUUGUCUUGGGCGUUACGGGUUAUAGGUAAAAAAUGAACAGUUAUUGCCUGAUAUUUCAUAUUCUUGAAAACAGGAAGAAUUCAACAAUUCAAAUUGAAAAUCAUCUCAUUGGACAAACGGAAGUGAAGUCUGAGUUGUAAUAUAAGGGUUUGUCAUGCAACUCUAAGCCAGCAGCGUUCCUGGAAAUGAUGUUGCUGAGGUUUGGGUUAUUUAGAAAUUUUUAGAUACUUCGUGUUUAAGCGGAAGAUAUUGAACUAAAAUAAAAUAAUGGAAGAUAUUGAACUAAAAUAAAGUAAUGUAUAUUCGAUUCUUAAUUUCGAAAAUAUUGAAUUAUAGUAAGAUUUCGAAUCCAGGAAAAAACUAUAAAAUCACAGAAAGAUUUGACUUCAACAUUGAGAAGGUACCGAAAAUUUUUCAAUAAGAUUCUGUAAACAAAAUCAUAGUGCAAUGAAAAUGCUAAGAAAUACCGGUAGUUUUUCGAAUUUAUCAGAGUGAAAAAACUAAAUAUUUUAUUUUAGUUUAUAGGUAUAUAAGAUUUAGGUAUAUAGGUUUAUUUUAGUAUAGGUAGUUUAUUUUUCGAUUCAAUUUGCAAUUCAUACCGAUUUAAGAGCAAAUUAUUUGCAUCUCUGAGUUCAUUGGCAAAAAAGCAUAGGCCUUCGGCCCAAAUUACCAUAAUUCCAUAAUUGUCUAACAAUAAAAUUCAACUGCACGUUAGUCGAUAUUUCAAUAACGAACUUUAAUGACGGCAAAAAUAAAAGCAUUAUCUAAAUAUAUAAUUGGCAUCUACUUUUGAUUGCAAAAUGAAAUAAAGCAACUAUCAAAAUAAAUCGUCAAAUUUAUCUGCUGGAGGUAGAGCUUAAAUUGAAAUUUUUUCUCCCUUUGCGUAAAAUUCGAACACGAAAUUAUUUUUUAAAUAAAACUACGCCUCAAUGAUAGUUCUGCUAAAAAAAUAACUUAUUUCAUGUGAGAUUUCGAACUGAGGUACAACUGUGACAAUUUCACACAAUCGAGGAAGCUUAAUUAAAGAAAUGAUAAUUC